GACUGCAGCUGGAAAAUGGCGGCGUCCGUGGUCUGUCGGGCCGCUACCGCCGGGGCACAAGUGCUAUUGCGCGCCCGCCGCUCGCCGGCCCUGCUGCGGACGCCAGCCUUGCGGAGUACGGCAACCUUCGCUCAGGCGCUCCAGUUCGUGCCGGAGACGCAGGUUAGCCUGCUGGACAACGGCCUGCGUGUGGCCUCCGAGCAGUCCUCUCAGCCCACUUGCACGGUGGGAGUGUGGAUUGAUGUUGGCAGCCGUUUUGAGACUGAGAAGAAUAAUGGGGCGGGCUACUUUUUGGAGCAUCUGGCUUUCAAGGGAACAAAGAAUCGGCCUGGCAGUGCCCUGGAGAAGGAGGUGGAGAGCAUGGGGGCCCAUCUUAAUGCCUACAGCACCCGGGAGCACACAGCUUACUACAUCAAGGCGCUGUCCAAGGAUCUGCCGAAAGCUGUGGAGCUCCUGGGUGACAUUGUGCAGAACUGUAGUCUGGAAGACUCACAGAUUGAGAAGGAACGUGAUGUGAUCCUGCGGGAGAUGCAGGAGAAUGAUGCAUCUAUGCGAGAUGUGGUCUUUAACUACCUGCAUGCCACAGCAUUCCAGGGCACACCUCUAGCCCAGGCUGUGGAGGGGCCCAGUGAGAAUGUCAGGAAGCUGUCUCGUGCAGACUUGACUGAGUACCUCAGCACACAUUACAAGGCCCCUCGAAUGGUGCUGGCAGCAGCUGGAGGAGUGGAGCACCAGCAACUGUUAGACCUCGCCCAGAAGCACCUCGGUGGCAUCCCGUGGACGUAUGCAGAGGACGCUGUGCCCACUCUUACUCCAUGCCGCUUCACUGGCAGUGAGAUCCGCCACCGUGAUGAUGCUCUACCUUUUGCCCACGUGGCCAUUGCAGUAGAGGGUCCUGGCUGGGCCAGCCCGGACAAUGUGGCCUUGCAAGUGGCCAAUGCCAUCAUCGGCCACUAUGACUGCACUUAUGGUGGUGGCGUGCACCUGUCCAGCCCACUGGCUUCAGGUGCUGUGGCCAACAAGCUAUGCCAGAGUUUCCAGACCUUCAGCAUCUGCUAUGCAGAGACGGGCUUGCUGGGUGCACACUUUGUCUGUGACCGAAUGAAAAUCGAUGACAUGAUGUUCGUCCUGCAAGGGCAGUGGAUGCGCCUGUGUACCAGUGCCACGGAGAGUGAGGUGGCCCGGGGCAAAAACAUCCUCAGAAAUGCCCUGGUAUCUCAUCUAGAUGGCACUACUCCUGUGUGUGAGGACAUCGGACGCAGCCUCCUGACCUAUGGCCGCCGUAUCCCCCUGGCUGAAUGGGAAAGCCGGAUUGCGGAGGUGGAUGCCAGUGUGGUACGUGAGAUCUGCUCCAAGUACAUCUAUGAUCAGUGCCCAGCAGUGGCUGGAUAUGGCCCCAUUGAGCAGCUCCCAGACUACAACCGGAUCCGUAGCGGCAUGUUCUGGCUGCGCUUCUAGGCAGGAAGCCUGUGUAAGCAAGAGGGCGGGGCCGGGGUCUGUGGUCCCCCCCCACCACAAACACAGCACUUCGGCUCCUCUAACCUGUGCCACAGGUGACCACCAAUAAAAUCCUCUGCUGAGAA